ACAGACUCCUAUCACGUUCAGAAUGCUUCAAUCGAUUUGUGAAACGACGGAUAUUGUUCUAUAAUGCAAAUAUGAGGCGACAUUUCUUCAUAUAUCUGAAGGUAUGUAUUCCGUGAGUCCAUCACUGGAGCAGAGACAAUUCCUCAAACCGUGGCGAUUUGCGAUGCAAGGAAUGGUGACCCCCACGCCCUCCACAGCCGGAACGCCAAGCGCCGGUGGCAACACAGGUAUGGCUGGCCUGCUGGAUCGCUUGGCCGACGACCUCACGUUCGAUAUGGAUCGCAAAGCCGAGACUGAGCAAGCUUUGCUGGAGGACUUGCUGAACACACUGCGCAAGGAGGCACGAAAGAUCGAAGAGGAUGCUUGGAAGUACGCUGCUCCGCGCUCUCAGCCUAAACUUAUGUCAUAAAUUUUGCACAUGAUGUGAGAUUGCUUUUAGCACGUAUCGUCUUCGCACCAGUGAGCACCAACCUGCAAUACAUUGAAUUGCGUUGUGGUUUAUGCCUUCGAAUUCUAUAUCGCGUACCCUAGAAAUCGCAGGUUUUAGCAAACGGUUACGAUUUAAAGAAUUCAGUGACAACAUUGUCCUUAGACUUGACCCUGGCUAAGUACUUGUUUCGUUUCUAAAACGCUUGAAGACUAACGUACAAUGUGAAAUUCCUCUCUGCGUCCUUGAUUAGUUGCUUUUUUCGUUCCAUCACCCCUUCGGUACAAUUCAUCUGAUAUGUUAACAGGCUUUAAUUGGAGUUUUGAGGUUGAUUCUGUCACAAGGUUUAUGCAUAGUGCACCCACAUUAAAGAAGUUUUGGCAUGGUUCGUCCGGUAAGAAGGCUCUUUUUAGGAUGAAGGAUGCUCUACCUCUUUCUUACAGUGGCCGCAUUUUAGGGUAAACCAUUCUGAAAUCUGCUAGUAUAGGUACUGUAUUAGUGAUAGUGGAGCUACUUGGCGGGUACGAUGUAAACCUUUUGGAUUGCGGUGCGCUUGUAAUUUUUUAGUGGAUUAUUUGAUCAGAACAAACAUGCCCUUGCUCUACAGUAGAUUUUUCUGUUAGUAAGCUGCUCUUGUUUGAAACUCAUCAAUCCAUGAUUGGGUUAUAGGUGUUCAGAGUUCUGUACGAUUCGAUAUCCAUCGCAAUUGUGUUUUGGAUAUCAGAUCAUCAUGAAUAUCUCGUGUGAGCCAUGGUUUCAAUUGAAUUAAUACAAUGGCAUGAUGUUUUAA